CUCGCGUGGCAUCGCCGUCGCCAACUUGGACCAACUCUUCUUCGUCCUUUGCGCGUGUAGUACUAGCGGGCAAGCAAGCAAGCGGUGUGCAGUGUUCAGUUCUCAAUGUGUGCUUUGUUUAUCUCGUGCGCUUCGUUCGCGUCGCGUGCUCGGUUGUGAUAAAUUAUUGUAUGUACGUGCGGUUAUGAUGACAUUUAAAUUUUAGUUUCACCGUGAUAUCACAACCGUUCGGAUGUUACUGCGCCUUUCUCCACAACUCGAAAAAAAGUUCUCAUGAAAAGUGUGUCCUCCUGUUCUUAUAAGAUUGGUUGGGACUUGUAUAAUUAUAUCAUGGUUUGGUGACAAAUUUACCAGUUUAUGGGAUUCGGUUUUCAGAUAAUUUAUCAGCUUACAACGAAAAGUUACUCAAAUGGAAAUGGCUUUUGGGUGUUUAUCUAGAAGAAAGCGAGUGUAAUGUAGUCUAAGCAAAUACCGUCGGGAUUGUAAAAAAUAACUAAUAGAACGAAGACCAUAACAACGAGCAUAAUAAAAUAAGCUAAACUUUUUUAUCCGGAAUACGUGAGAUGAAAGUAUCAAACCAAAGCCUAUUUUUUGGCUAGUCUGUGUGUGUGUGAAGUGAAACAAUGAAUCUGGACUCGUUACCACGACCUGAAACAAUUCACGUAACGGCGCCGGGAGCUACCACCGUGCGGCCACCGCAAACCAUGCCGCAGCGAUCGCCGUUCGCUAUCCAGGAGCUGCUCGGCCUGAGCGACAGCUCCCGGCCUAGUGGCGUAGUGUCCGCCGUGACACCAUCGCUCUACCCGGGAAUGGGCCAAAGUCCGUUUUCGUCGGAUUCGCACCAGAUGCAGAUGGCCUCGCGGAUGGCUUACUUUAACGCGCACGCAGCCGUUGCGGCGGCAUUUCUGCCGCACAAUAUGGCUGCGAGCGCUGCCGGAGGGCCGUUACAGCUGCAUCAUCAAACGAGCGGCGGUUUCCCGCAUUUGAAAUCAACAUUCGGAUCCGCGACUAGCCCAUGCUUACCAGGAGGAGUGGAUUCCAGCAAAGAUUACACGUUAGAAAAUAUCAAUGGAUACGGCAAGAAAAAGAAAAAGAAGCGGAGGCAUAGCCGAACGAUAUUCACCAGUUACCAGUUAGACGAGCUAGAAAAAGCCUUCAAAGAAGCACACUACCCAGAUGUAUAUGCUAGAGAAAUGCUAUCGCUUAAAACAGAUCUUCCAGAGGAUAGGAUACAGGUAUGGUUCCAGAAUCGGCGGGCCAAGUGGCGAAAGACUGAAAAGUGCUGGGGCCGGAGUACGAUAAUGGCCGAAUACGGGCUGUACGGUGCUAUGGUGAGGCACUCGCUCCCACUGCCAGAAACCAUCCUUAAGUCGGCAAAGGAGAACGAAUCCGUUGCACCAUGGCUUCUAGGUAUGGAGAUGAAAAGCAUGCACAAGAAAUCGAUGGAAGCCGCCGAGACGCUAAAAAACUCCGAGGACAACAGCGACCGCGAGGAGUCCCGAACAGAUGCUAGUGAUAUCAGUGCUGGUUCGAGUUUGAACAACCACGGACCGUCACCAAUCAAGUCACCAGGGAUCAACCCACCCGGAAGUACAAACUGCGGCAGUACCAAUGGUACCAACAAUGGUAGCAACAAUAGCAGCAGCGGCCCCAACAACCUCAACUGUGGUGGUGGUGGUUCCGGAAGUCACAACGCUCACUUUGGGCCAAACACCGGAGGAGUGAUCUCGCACCUGUCCCCGACGUCGGCCCAUUCGCCCAUCAACAGCUCGUCGACGGCAUCGAUAACGCCUCCGCCGCCACCGCCAGGCUCCCGGCAUCGAACGUCCCCGCCCGGAGCCGCUGGACUUGUCGGCCAUCCGAACCAUCAUCCUCAUGCAGCGCACCUGCCACCGGCGCAUCCCGCUCACCACCACAGUCCCGUUGACAGCAAGGAGUUCAAGCUCAACAGCAGGAGCAGUCCCACCUCCGGUAACAGUUAUCACCCCGAAAACGACCCCGAAGCGUUUAGGUGGGUUGACUACCGCGAUCCUGUUUCGUAUAUACGGAACAACUCCAUCGCUUGCUUACGCGCCAAAGCUCAAGAACAUCAAGCCCGGCUCCUCAACAGUGGUCUGCUGCUGCAGGUUCGAUCGCUGGCCGGGUUACAAAACCCUCUGCACCAUCCCUCGUCCGGUGGUGCCGGAAACGGUGGAGGGGUUGGCCUGCCCUCGCCCCACCACAGCGAUACGAAUGGGAAUAAUCUGCUGCUUGCAAGCUACCACCAUCAUCACUCGCCAACGCAGGAGAUCGACCGGCAGCGAUCAGAGGCCAACAGCAGCAACGGGUCGGCCAUUUCGAUAACCGGAUGACAUUAGUAUUCCAACAGUUCUUCUCGCAUGUCCGCGGACGGUGGCGAAACCAGGGUGAGCCGAUUGUAGUAAUGGUUCAAGCGCGACACGAUUGGUUCGAGAAAAGCGAUGUUGUUCCGUUCUAUCCCGGUGAUAAUUUGGGGCAACAAUCGCUUGAUCCGCGAAUGACAGAUUCUUAUUUCCGACGAGCCAAAUAACAAAGUUAAAGAACGAGAGAGUCCUCGAAAUAUAAUUUUUACCAUUUGGUGUGAUCCAUGGAUCUGGUUCUCCUAUCAGAUUGCGACAUAACAAUAGAAAUUAAUUAGUUUGUUUUGAUUUAUUUUAUCACAAUAUUAAUAAACAUUACCUUUUUAGUUGGUUUUUAUCAAACUAUGUGAAAAAUCGAAUAAAUUUCAUAAUUUAUUCACAAUUUACUGAAAAAUCAAGGCUAAUCAAACAUCAAAACCAAGCCAUACUAAAAGAUUACACACUCAUAAAAAGGUGAUGAAUGUUUGAUUUUACACACUCGUUUGGGAUUAUCGAGUUCAGGGAAACUGGAACAAACAAUCAUGCAAACAAUCCAUGUUAACAAUCCAUGCAAACAAUCCAUAUGCAAACAAUCCAUAUGCAAACAA